AAUAGAAACAUUUUCACCUUCUUCUCUCAAAAACACUCUGGUUUUCUCAAAACCAGUAACUAGGGUUUCCUCUCAAAACAUACAAGCUCUCCAAAAACAAAUUUCAUUCUCCUCCAAAAGCAAGAUCUCAUUCUCCAUAGCUCUCUCCCAACAACCCAAUAUCUAUUGCUUUCAGAAUCACGUUAUCACUCUUGAUCGAUAUUCUUUGUCUUUCACUCUCAAAUCUGCAACUUUUUUCUAUGAUCUGCGACGCUGCACUCUAUCCGAACUUAACCGUCUUUCAUUGAUUUGGGUCUUCUUCGAUCUAGGUAUAUUCAGUGUGUUUCUUUUUGCAUCGACAUCAAUAUCUGAUUCGCGCGAAACCAUCACUCCCAAAAUCCAUCCUUCAAUCUUCAACCACAGCUCCGGUUUACACCAUCAAAGCUAUUCCCGACCUCGCCAUCAUUGUUGUGUUGCGCCAUUCUUACCUAUUUUCUCAGGUGAAGAUGUCUCUGCGGAUAAAGGCAGUGGUGGAUAAAUUCGUUGAGGAGUUGAAAGAAGCAUUGAAUGCUGAUAUUCAAGAUAGAAUCAUGAAAGACAGAGAGAUGCAAAGUUACAUCCAAGAACGUGAGCGCGAGGUUGCUGAGCGUGAAGCCGCUUGGAAGGAUGAUCUUUCUUGCCGCGAGGUACAUAAAAUUUCUCAAGCUAAUGUAAAUACCGAGAUAAUUUUUAAUUGUCAAAUGGGGCGUGGACGAACGACAACAGGAAUGGUCAUUGCAACUUUGGUCUACCUCAAUCGAAUUGGGGCCUCUGUGUAAAGGUGUUUAGAGUCUCAAUCUUGUGAACAAAAUGGAAUCAUCAUAUGAGAAUAUUCGAUGCCAAACAAUGGAAGAAAAUAAAAAAAAGGACGGAGGCUCUCAAUUUGACUCAUCUAUCUCAAUCCCUUAACAAAACUUUUUUAACCAUUUCAAAACCCUCACUAAUUAGUAGUAAUCUCUCAAUCGCACUUUAUACUUUUAUUUUUCAUUUUCUCCAUCACAUCAUCUCUCUCAUAUUUGAAACAACAGAAACAAUAAAGAAGAAAACCCGAUUUCAAUAGCCACUUUUAAAGUAGAUAAUUGAUUAAACUAUACUAUUUGAUAUCAUGAAUGAAAACUUGGAGACUUAUAACAUUUUGUUUGCCUCAAUCAUCAAAGUUUUACUCUGUUAAGAGUAAAAAUAUUAACUAUAACAUGUUUCUUAUUCUUAUUCUUUCUUGAUUUUAUUUAUUUUGUUGGAUAAUAAACUAUGGUAGCGUUUCAAGAAGAAUUGCUCAAGAUUUAUACUACUUGGAGAUCUUGAAGUAGCCAAAAGGAAGCACUUGCAAAGACAUGGUUACAACCAAUAGUCCUAACGACAGCUCUACCCCCUACCAAGGUGACAACACCACCAACAAUGCAAGCAAUAGAACUGCAACCUUCUCUGGUGACAACACCACCAACUGUAGUGCAACAUACAAAACCACCUCCUUCUCAUGCGACAACAAUGCCAACAGUGCAAACAAUAGAACCAUAUCCUUUUCUGGUGACAACACCAUCAACUACAGAGCAAGCAACAAAACCACUGCAUUCUCAAGUGACAACACCACCAACAAUGCAAGCGACGUUGGUAGGAUUCACUCAAUCUAGUAUUGAUUGCAUACUUACUUGAACAAGUACUUAUUAUAUGUGUUUACUUGUAGAAUCUAAGAGAUGGUCGAAAAUACAGUUGCGGUGAAAUGUAUUAAAUUUUUCAAAAAAAAAUUAUGAUGGAUCAUUUGUCAAUGACGAGGCCAAGAAAAAAUAUGUAAGUAUAAAGAAUAGAAGUGUUAUGUGAUUGUAAGUAUUUCUUGUUGACCACUUUAUAAAUAAAACAUGCAACUGUUAGUUUUGGUAA